AGAUAAGCAUCGUGAGUUUAAAGACUUUUAGAUGGCGUCAAAAGGAACAACCGAGAUUCUCCUUUGAAGGGAUUUAGCCCCAGUGAAAGCUUUUGGAUCACAGCUGUCAAUCAACCACCAUGGCACCGCCCACUGGCGCGGCUCCGCCUAUAAAGAGCGCCCGUGAACUCGAGGGAGCGUCAUUCAAACACCAGAGCUCAGGGAAUAAGGAUGCCUGCUUCUCCAACGGGGUUUGGAAACUUCUUCAUGGACAGGAACAUCAGCAUGCCCGCUGGAUAUCAAUUUUUGGGCUGCCCGCCCGGAAUGCAACAGCCACCGCAACAUCUUGUUGGAAUGCCCGGGGUUCCCUUACCUUUCUCAGGAAUACCGGGGUACAGUUUCAUCGCUUAUCCUCAUCCGGGACACAUGGCACACAUUAGCAAUUCCUAUGACCUGAAGGCUGCAUCUCCGUAUCAAGCUCUCCUCGGACGUGGAGCACCUUAUUACUCUCCAUAUCGUCCCAUGCCAGCUGAUGACCCGAGUAGGGUCACCAAAGUGGCCACCAGAGAGAGCACCAGCGCUUUGAAGGCCUGGCUCAGCGACCACCUUAAAAACCCAUAUCCCACCAAAGGUGAGAAGAUCAUGCUCGCGAUCGUCACCAAAAUGAGCCUCACGCAGGUGUCCACGUGGUUCGCCAACGCCCGGCGCCGCCUGAAGAAAGAGAACCGGGUCAGCUGGGCCUCCAAAGGAAAGUCCGACGAGGAGGAUGAGGAAGAGGAGGGUGAGAGCGAAGAGGAGGGGUCUUUGAGGAAAGGCACGGAGGAUGAAGAUGAAAUCGAUCCUCAAACGGUUGAUGACGAUGAGGAGGAUGUCGCGGGGUCAAAGUCGGUCGAGGGCCGUUUAGCGGAAGGACUGGAUCAGCAAAAGGAAAGUGACAAGUCUGACACGUCGCGUGAGAGCAAAAACGAGGUGUGUAAACAAAACGUCGAUGUCCAGAAACCUAAAAUCUGGUCUCUCGCGGAAACCGCGACUUCAGAUAUCGUCAAGAAACCCAGCGAUCUGAAACAUCUCCACAGUCCAGACUUCGGGAGGUGGUGGGCUGGGUGGCCUUCAAGGGAAUCCUACUCGCCUGUGAACCUCUCCACACAUGACCUGCUCAAACAAACUCAAUGAAUCUGUUAAUCCAAGACACUAUAGACUGAAUUCUGGAUGCACUUUGAAAAACAAUUGGGAACCUUUUGUUGUGGAAGUUUGCAUGGGCUAAGAUUUCACCCAAAGGAUGCGUAGACCUAUUGUGUAAAUAUUGUACAGAUAUUUUGUUUAAAUUAUAAGUGCAUUUACUUGCUGACUUAUUUUUGCUAAAAUAAAACGUUGAAAAAAAUGUAAAGAAUUCUGGUCAAUGGUUAUGGUUAAAGUCUUCGGUAGUGGUUUAGGGUUUGUUUAAAUGAUAUAACUCGUAUGCGAGUUGCGUUGAUGUUGUUAUUAAAUAACAAUAAUUACGUGUUUAAUUGUUUUGCUUUUAGGUUUAGUUACAGCUUACUCUGGAUUUCCAGCUGUAAUGCUGUAGUUUCUUAAAGUCAUA